AUGAACUUCCUGCUCGCCCUACUUCUCAUGCUCGCCGUCCCAUGGAGCGGCAGCGACGCUUCUCCGGCGGCGAAUCACGACAACUUCCUCCACUGCCUCUCCACUUCCCCAGCCGCCAACGUCUCCAAAAUCGUCUUCUACACUCCGGCCAACCCUUCCUACCCUUCCGUCCUCCAAUUCUCCAUCCACAACCUCCGCUUCAACACCUCCGCCGCUCCCAAACCCAUCGUCAUCGUCACCCCACAAACCACCUCCCACAUUCAGGCCGCCAUAUCAUGCUCCCACAAACACCGCCUCCACCUCAGAGUCCGAGGUGGCGGCCACGACUACGAGGGCCUGUCCUACGUGGCCUCCCGCCCUUUCUUCAUCCUCGACCUCAUCAACCUCUCCUCAGUCAAAGUCGACGUGGCAGCCCGCACGGCCUGGAUCCAGGCCGGCGGGACCAUCGGCGAGCUCUACUACCAGAUCGGCACCCAGACCACAACCCUAGCCUUCCCCGCCGGAGUCUGCCCCACCGUCGGCGUCGGUGGCCAUUUCAGCGGCGGAGGGUACGGCCUCUCGCUACGUAAGUUCGGCCUCGCCGCCGACCACAUCGUGGACGCUCACCUCGUCGACGUCAAAGGAAAGGUCCACAACCGAGCCUCCAUGGGAGAGGACCUGUUUUGGGCCAUCCGUGGUGGCGGAGGCAACACCUUCGGCGUAGUCACCGCCUGGAAAGUCAACCUACUCCCCGUCCCCGAAAACGUCACCGUUUUCACCGUCACCAAAACCAUCCAACAAAACGCGACGGGAAUCAUCAACCGAUGGCAACAGGUAGCCGACAGGUUCCCCGACGACCUAUUCAUCCGAGUCAUCCUGGACCGAACCGAAACUACUACCAACUCAACCGCCACGGGCCGGGCCAGUUUCAACUCUCUCUACCUGGGCCAGGCCCAAUCCCUCCUCCCCUUGCUGCAACGGGACUUCCCCGAGCUGGGAGUGGAGAGAGAAGAUCUCAUCGAGCUGACCUGGAUCCGGUCCAUACUCUACUUUGCGGGCUACCCGACCGAUUCGCCGCUCGAGGUGUUGCGCAGCCAGGUCCCGCUGACACGUAAGCGGAACUUCAAGGCGAAGUCCGACUACGUGACCGAGCCCAUGUCGGAGCGGGCCUUGGAAGGUAUAUGGAGGCGGAUCCUGCGGCCCGACAUCGAGGACCCGGAGCUGAUAUUCAGUCCCUACGGCGGGAGGAUGAGCGAGAUCCCGGAGUCGAGCAUUCCGUUCCCGCACCGGGCCGGGACGAGGUACAAGAUCCAGCACCUGGUCUACUGGGAGAGGGAAGGGCGGGAGGCGACGGACCGCCACGUGGACUGGAUCAGGGAGCUGUACGGCUACCUGGCGCCGCACGUUUCGAAGAAUCCGAGGUUGGCGUAUGUGAACUACAGGGAUCUGGAUGUCGGGUCCAAUAACGGAGCGGGUUUUACUAGUCACGAGGAGGCGAGGGUUUGGGGGGUGAAGUAUUUCAAGGGGAAUUACGAGCGGUUGGUUCGGGUGAAGACCGCGGUUGACCCGAGGAAUUUCUUCCGGAAUGAGCAGAGCGUCCCGCCGCUUACUGCUUGGAAAUAG